CAACUCGAGCCCUCAGGAACAGAAAGUUCCGCUUCCUCUCAGUGGUUUCUGUGGUUCCGUGAGAACCGAACCGCUGUCGGAGCAGAAAACUUGUGCCUGGUUCAGUUUUAUGUAACUUUCAGAACCGUGUCCAGAUCCGACACAAACAUGCCGUUCAUCGAGCACGUAUCCUUCACGGAGCUGGAGCGUUUGGCUCUGGACCGGUUCGUCCCGGCCCUGCUGACCCACGGCUUCUGCUACGUGGACGGGCUCCUCGGGGACCUGGCCGGGAGCGCGGUGCUGGACCAGGUGACGGACAUGCACCGGGCCGGGGAGCUGCAGGACGGCCGGCUCGCGGGCUCCGUCCCGGGCGUCAGCCGGAGGAGCAUCCGCGGGGAUAAGAUCGCGUGGGUGGGCGGCUCGGAGCGGGGCUGCGAGGCCAUCAGCUUCCUGCUCAACCUCAUCGACCGGCUCGUGUCCGUGUGCGCGAGCCGCCUGGGGGCCAAGGCCAUCCGCGAAAGGUCAAAGGCCAUGGUGGCGUGUUACCCUGGAAACGGUGCGGGCUACGUCAAACACGUGGACAACCCGAACCAGGACGGGCGCUGCCUCACCUGCAUCUACUACCUGAACAAGAACUGGGACCCCAAGGAGCACGGUGGCGUCCUCAGGAUCUUCCCUGAAGGCAAACCCUACGUGGCCGACAUCCAGCCGCUGUUCGACAGACUCCUCGUGUUCUGGUCCGACCGCAGGAACCCACACGAGGUGCAGCCGUCCUUCGCCACCAGGUACGCCAUCACAGUUUGGUAUUUUGACUGUGAUGAACGAGCCAAGGCCAAGCAGCGCUUCAGAGACCUCACAGCUUCCUCUGCUGAGCAGAGCAGCAGCUCGGGCUGAUGGGAGGAGGCGCUGCCCUCUGGUGUUGAUCCUCUGAGCUGAUGGAGACCAGGAAGGAGCUUCAGCUUCCUGGACACCUGGAACAAAAGGGGGAGGGGAAAAAGACUUUAAUGGGGGGGUUUGGAUCUCGGAUGUGUUUUUUCUUUCCAAUGAUACUGCUGCUGUAAACCCAGGAUGUCUUCGUGGACUGCCUCCGUGUCUUCGUGGACUCCCUCCGUGUCUUCGUGGACUCCCUCUGUUUUCUCCUCCUGUUUGUGCAAUACUCUGCGGUGAGCUGGGGAGCCCGGCUGCUCGGAGCUUCACCGUCAGCUCGUUACUGAGGAGCGUCGGCCGAACGUCUGACGUUUACAGAGACUCUGUGCUUCCAAACCUGUGGGACAAACGCUGAUUAUCACAGUUUGAAAGUAAAACGGGAUCAAAAGGAUAAUCCAGUUACUCUUAUCAGAGCACAAGGCAAAAGUCUUCAUCCAGGCUAGGCUAACAUACUUUAGCAUCUGUUCCAUGAACAGUUUUACUAUGCAACACCUGAUGUACGUCGGAGUCUGAACACGGACAUCAUCCAGGGGAGACGGAAGAUGGAUGAACAGGCCUUUUAUUCGUUUCAUCUGAUAUUAGACAGAAUCUCCCUUUAAUGAGGACAGGGAACUGGUUUCCUGGUCUGACAUGUCUGAAUAUUUACAAGUUAUUAAUGGUUGUUUUGAAAAAUGUUUUUCAGUUGGAAUAAAACUUUUUUUUUUUAAUAUCACCACAGACAAA